UUUUUUGCAUGUAAACAAAACAUACACUGCAAAGUCUCUUUAAAAGACAGGGUGACUUGGGGGGCGUUUGCACCAAGCCAACAGUUGGUGUAACUGUGGUGUUUGGGUCUCUGUUUUUGCAGGUAAAUGGUAUUUGCUUUUAGAUCAGUGAGUGGUGUGGUGGUGAUGUGUUACAAUAACUAUGGCAUGAUUAACAGUGUGACCGCAUUGGGUCAGUCAGAGUCCAGCUCAGCACUUCUAGGAUCAGUCUGUCUGUCUGUCAGACCACUCUCAGGGCUGGACCACAGCUAGGACACCUCACCUAAACACUCAGAUCUACUUAGAAAUAGUCAGUACCUGAUGCCCCACUUCAACAGAUGUGUGUGUGUAGCAGGAAUUUAAAUAGACAAUAUCAUCAUAAAGUGUGAUGAGAGAUUAGGCGCUAUACAUUAUUGUGAUGUUAUUCCUUCGAGUGAAAUUUUUCCGUUCAUUGAUCAAAACAUACAAAAUCAUCUCAGUUUUCUACUCAUCUUCCUCUCCAACUGAUGUCUUUCAGAUGUCAGCGUGGUUUGUCUGCCUGCUGCCUGCCUCUGUUCUGUUCUCUCUCCGUUUCCUACUUUUAUACUCCGACCUGUUGUUUCCUCACUGUCUCUUCCUUUUCUUCUCUUCUUCUCCUCCUUCAGCAAAAUGAUCAAGGUCAGAAUCGUUGACGACGAGGAGUAUGAGAAAAACAAGACCUUCUACUUGGAGAUGGGAGAGCCUCGCCUGAUGGAGACCAAUGACAGUAAAGCUACAGAGGUGGCUGUGAAGGAGGUGGAAGAGGAGACGCCACUGACAGAAGUGCAUGAUGAGGACCAACGCAUCGCUGAUAUGGGCCGACCCACACUGGGGGACCACGUCAAACUUGAAAUCAUCAUUGAGGAAUCCUACGAGUUUAAGAACACUGUGGACAAGCUGAUUAAGAAGACAAACCUGGCCCUGCUGGUGGGGACUAACAGCUGGAGAGACCAGUUCAUCGAGGCCAUCACUGUCAGUGCCGGUGAGGAUGACGAGGAUGAAGAAUGCAGCGAGGAGAAGCUGCCGUCCUGCUUCGACUACGUCAUGCACUUCCUCACCGUCUUCUGGAAGGUUUUGUUUGCGUUCGUGCCCCCAACAGACUACUGGAAUGGCUGGGCCUGCUUCGUGGUGUCCAUCUGCAUGAUCGGCCUGCUUACAGCCUUCAUCGGGGACCUGGCCUCCCACUUCGGCUGCACUGUGGGCCUCAAGGACUCUGUCACCGCCGUGGUGUUCGUUGCGCUGGGGACCUCUGUGCCAGACACCUUUGCCAGUAAGGUGGCAGCCAUCCAGGACCAGUAUGCUGACGCAUCCAUCGGCAACGUGACGGGUAGCAACGCGGUCAAUGUGUUCCUGGGCAUCGGCGUGGCCUGGUCCAUCGCUGCCAUCUACCACAACUCCAAGGGCAACGACUUCAAGGUAGACCCGGGGAGCCUGGCCUUCUCCGUCACUCUCUUCACCAUCUUCGCCUUCAUCUGCGUGGGGGUGCUGAUGUACCGGAGGCGACCUUCGAUCGGCGGCGAGCUGGGAGGUCCGCGGACUCCCAAGAUACUGACCACCAUGCUGUUUGUCAGCCUGUGGCUGCUGUACAUUCUGUUCUCCUCGCUGGAGGUCUACUGCCACUUCAAGGCCUUCUAAACAGCAUCAGACUUAAGAAGGCCCAAGAAGAGCUAACCAGAGACAAGAAGGAGGCAACAGCAUUGGUGAAAAACAUUUUCCUCUUGUCAUUAAUAAACCCUCCUUUCCCCCUAUCCCCCUUUUAAGAAGUUAAAGAUAUGCCCCCCCUCCUCUGUCCCCAUGGUCUAGUGCUUAAUGGAUGAAACUGGUUGUUAAGGCGAGGAGAGGCCUGUCAAGGCUAGGACAGACACCCCUCUGAAGUCAGUAAAAUGGCAGUUGAGUGUGUGUGUGUGUGUGUGUGUGUGUGUGUGUGUGUGUGUGUGUGUGUGUGUGUGUGUGUGUGUGUGUGUGUGCGUGUGUGUU